AUGCCGGCCCUCUGCUGUGCCAUGCUCGGCCCGUUCCCUCUCUUGCAAGCCCGGCCACUGGCUGGGAAUGUGUCGCACCAUAUAGACCACCACCCCUCGUCGGCCUCACGCGAGCCCAGCCAAACGCGUGGAAGGGCACUGACAGCCUCGUCACGAACAAUCACCUCCCGCUCACAGACGCCCGCCGUAAAAGGCGCAAGUAGCAGUUCGAGCCCCGACCGCACCCUGGCCACGCUCGAACGCAAGCCCUCGGGCUCUUACGCCCACAAUCGCAAUACCUCCAUCGUGCACGGCAUCCAGCACUCGCGGAACACCAGCUUUGUCAACUCGCCCGCCACGAGUCCCCUGAGCCCUCAGAUCAUCGCCGCUGCCGCCGGUGCCACCAUCGAUGGAGCCAUCAUGUCGCAAGAAUCCAUAGCCGAUGCCUUUGCUGCAAAUGGCAUGCAGCCUGGCUCCGCCUCCGGGAUUCCCUUUGCCAGCCCUCCCCUCCAGCCAGUCCAUGCCGAUGGCUAUGCUCCUCUGCGCAAGCCUGAGCGGGCUCCCAGUUCGAGAUCCUCGCGCAAAGGUCACAACCACCACCGCUCCCAAUCCCGCCACCCCCAGCACCCCCAUGAGCUCAAGACAGUGGGCGAGUAUGCCCUACACCACCUCUUCAAUUCCUUCAUCAGCCAGGCUGAGCACAAGAUCAACCAAUGCACGACAGAAAGAGGCCAACCCGAGGCAAAGGUUGAAGGCGUUUGUGGUCCUGGGGUAGACCCAACCUUUGACCAGCUUAUAGCCGCCCUGGGUCAUAUUGCUCGCCAGAAGCCUAAGCCCCUAAUCGACACCAUAAUGCUAUGGCGCAAGGCAAAGAGUGAGGAGGCGGCUAAGCAGCGCACCCAGCUACUCAAUGCACGGCAAGCCAGUCCAGUACCCCAUCCCCACCCCGCCCUAUCUCGGCGGAACACUGAGUCGACGCAACAACCAGAUACCCAGCCCACGGCCUCGGUAGCCUCGCCCGCUGAGCACAUUCUUGCACUACAGCAUACCGUGACGCAGGCUGAGCAGCGCUCUACUGUCUCGACCUAUAUCCUCUGCCGUGUCUUGAUUGAGAUCAUGACCCAGACCGAUCUUCAGAAUCUCACAUUCGAAAUGGCAGAUCGCCUCCUAGGUCUAUUCUACGGCCAACUCAGCACUGUAGACCCGGACUUGGUGGAUAUUUCGUCCCUCAACCUCGCGAAUUGGACUAUUUAUAGUCAGUUGCUUGGUGUACUGAGCGGACUCAUCUUCGAGCAGGUGCAAGAGAAAUUCAUCGCUGACUUGAAAAUGGUGGACAGUCAUCUGGCUGCAAAGAACCAGUACAACAGGGAUCAUGAGGCCAAGGGCGCUUUGUUGAUCCGCGCGCUAAGGCACAUGAAAGUCGAGUCUUACCCCGAAGACGUCUGGGACCGGACGUGCGACUUCAUGCUUUCAAUGGCAAAGCUCUUUACCAGCGCCCAUGGACAGCCGGUCAAAUAUGCUUACUGCCAAGUGUUGAGGGAACUACUACUCCGCAUUGCUUCAAAAGCGACCGUAGAGCUCAAUACACCCAAAUGGAAGGCCGUGAUCGAGCUCAUGAAGCAGCGCGCUGCCAUAUUACUCGGCAAACCCAAGCAUUGGCAUGAGGCGUUUCCACUCAUGGCUGCCAUCCUGUGUGCAUCUCCUACCGACAUAUUUCUUUCCCAAUGGCUCGCACUAGCCCUGUCGACUCAGCCCCGGCUCAAGGAGCGCACAACUAGACCGAUUGCCCUUCGUGGCAUUUGCCGACUAGUGUGGACUUACAUAUAUCGACGAGGCACCGAGGCACCCAAUGUUGCCGUGCGUCGACUAGACGAGAUCAUACGGAUGGUGUUCCAGCCUGGAAGAAGAUCUUAUCUUUCCACCGAACCUGUGAUAGCGGAACCUCUGAUACAGCUCACACGCAUCAUUGGCUACAGGUACCAGGACCUUUGCUUCAAAACAAUUGUAUUUCCACUUCUUAACUCGGACAUGUUCAUGUCAAAUCGAGAGCUGCGCGUCGAGAAUCUCGAGCCCGAGCGUAUGGUCAUUGGAAUUCGCUCAUUCCUUGCCAUCAUGGCAGAUCUGGAGAACACUGAGCAGCCGCCUUUUCCACUGACGUUUGAUUACGAUCCCAAUGCAUUGUCAAACGAGCUGCCUGCGCUUCCCAGUAGCCCGCGGCCUCCACAACCGCUCCCCAUAAAGUCUAGCCUGCUCAAGGAAGAGCGUCUUUCGCGUCCCGUUGACUUUAGCGGUUUUACCGAGGUGGCCAAAGAGCACUAUGUCCGAUUCUGUAAAAUUUUGGGCGAGAUCACCAUUAUUUGCGACAAUGCAUUUGGUGGACAAGCCGUUCUGGACGAGAAGUUCUCUGUGCAGACACCAAAAACGCCCAUGGCGGAUGCUUUUAGCUUUGGUCGUCGCGAAGAAAACCUAACUACUACAGAUCCUCGGCAAGGGUUUUAUGAUCUACUACACGUCGCUGUCCAGGCUUUACCUCGUUGCUUGUCCCCGCAUAUCCCAUUCAACUCUCUCGUCAAUCUCUUAUGCACGGGGACGGCGCAUGUUCAAGGAAGUAUCGCAGUAUCCUCGGCCCAAUCCCUAAAGUCCAUUGCACGACAAUCUCAUGCUCAGCAAGUUACAAUUGGGUUUGCACGAUUCAUCUUUAACUUUGACGACCGGUAUGCGACAAUGUCUGACGGUGGUAUGCUCGGUCCUGGGCACAUUGAGAACACAUUAAAGCUCUAUGUCGAACUGCUCCAGAUAUGGAUCGAAGAAAUCAAGCGAAAGACGCGCAAAGCAGCACUGGACACCCCAGAUGAUGGCUCUGGCAAUCGCGCUGCUCAGCUUGACCUCUCAUCGGUAUGGGCUCAUGUGGAAGAGGUCGAGUCUCAUGGUAUUUUCUUCUUAUGUUCACCUUCCCGCCGUGUUCGUUCUUAUGCCGUUACCGUACUCCGCCUCAUCACCGAGUUCGAUACAGCUCUGGGAGGCUCAAACACCAGAAUUAUUCGCGUCAUGGAAGGCAGCCCACAGAGAGUCCUUGAUAUCAGUGACGAUACGUUGUCUCUAGCCGAGCGAAGUCGCCUACAACGAGGCAUGCGCAAGAGCAACGUACAGAGCACACUCGUCGAGCUCUGUAGUAGUGAUAUACCCUACGACUCCACUUUGUGGUUCAAGAUCUUUCCGAACCUGGUGCGAAUCAGUUUUGAAAUUUGUCCUUUUGCUGUCACGCUCACUCGAGACAUUGUUUGCGCAAGACUAUCUCAGAUGUAUCGGACUCUAUCAUCCCUGGCUGAAGGCCAGCGUUCAACCCCGUACUCGCCACACGAACCGACUAGUAAUAAACCCAGUGGUCGCCUUGCCUCCACAGCGCCGGAGAUUGUAGUCGAGCAAUGGAAACUCUACCUCAUCUUUGCAUUUACAACAUUGACCAGCUUGGGUCCAACAGCCACCUCAGCCACACAGGGACAUCAUUCACGGAAGAGCUCCAAGUCUUCACAGACGAGCACGACCAAGCUGCACACUGCUACGGAAUUGUUUUCCAAGGUCUUGCCAUUCCUUUCUGUGGAAAAUGGCGCCAUACGAGAUGCUGCUGUCAUCGGCCUUGGGUCUGUCAAUCUCAACCUCUACCGCACGCUACUAGAGUCCCUUCAAGGGAUCGUAGCUGCUUGCUCAGAGGAGGCUAAGAUGCGUCUGGGCAACCACAACAGGACCAUCAGCAACCCGCGGCCGAUGAACUACCGAACCGACCAUCUCCGAACUGAAAUUACGCAUGUAUACAAGCUGACAGCGCAACAUUUUCUAAAGUCACCCGAGGCCUACAAUGAUGAGUGGAUCAUCAACAACCUGAUGAACUACACAAAGGACCUUAGGAUCUUUCUCAGCGACGCAGAAGUUCAGCUUGAAGCACGGUAUCAGAAGCUGCGCACGCAUUACUGUGGCCUGGUGGAAGUUCUUUUUGUGGGUAUCAAUAAAACAGCAGACCCUCUGCACUGGAUGCCAUUCCAGGCUCGAAAAGCUGCCUUUACAUUGAUGGAAGACUGGUGCGGAUACUCUGCGAACCAACAUCAAGUCCGACAGCGUGAGGAACAGAUGCGCCGUACUAUUCUCGACCGGGAACUAGACACAGCCAACAAGGGCAGUGCGACAGCAGCGCUUGAAAUUGAGAAACGAGACCUUCGGACCGCUGCUUUGAGUGCCAUGGCCGCAUUAUGUGGUGGGCCUGUCAGUAUUACCACUGAUAGCAAGGUUUUGCUGCAGUUCGAUGUCAUGCGCAUUCUUUCCUGGAUACAAAGUAUCUUCGAGACACCUAGUGACCGGACGCACGCUAUUGGUCGCCGGGCGCUUUCCAACCUCAUUCUUCACAAUCGUGAGCAUCCAUUUCUGCUGGACAAGGCAAUCGAGAUGUGCUACCUCGCUCCCUCUGGGAAGGCCCUCUACAGCUAUUUCUCAGUGGUUACCCAAGUUCUUACACAACACGAAGACUACACCUUGCCGUUCUGGAAGGUGCUGAGUGCAGGCCUAUAUACACUGGGCCAUGAGAACAGCGAGAUACGUAUGAAGUCUGCUCGAUUACUGCGAACACUCGAAGCACGUGAGGGAAAGAAUUCCAAGCUACAAGACCUCGACAUCAGCAUUUCGGACAAGACGGUCGCUGUAUACAAACUUGCGCAGUUUGAAACGUCACGUAGGCUGGCCAAGCAACAUGCCGAGCUCGCGUUCCUGGUCUUCUCGCAGUUCUCAUACUAUUUCAAAGAUCUUCAACCUGAUCACAAACGCAACAUGGUCGCCGCUAUGCUUCCCUGGGUACAAUCAGUCGAACUACAAGUCAAUCCGGACGGAGGACCAACGGCAAACUCCUACAUGCUUCUGGUCAACCUUUUUGAGAUCACUUUCACUUCCGGUAAUGUCCUACACAAUGAAAUCCAAGCCCUCUGGCAAGCGCUGGCAACUGGACCCUAUGGCGGUAACGUUCAGUUGAUCCUGAACUUCGUCAUCAACCUCUGCUUGGACAGAAGAGAGCAGAACUAUGUCGAUUACUCUAAGCAGAUUGUCGUCCACUUAUCUACUACACCCGCUGGUCUGAAAGUAGUCGAGUUUCUGCUGUUACAGAUCAACCCUAGAUCUAUGGUGAGCGAAAAACGCGAACCUUCGCCACCACCGCCUGAUGCUCUGAAUCUUCCGUACCUGGCCGAUCUCACAAAGGUUUUGCCUAGCAGCAACAAACAGUCGGGCUUCGCUCUGGGCCAGGUUUGUCUAAUCUUGCUAGUAGAUCUAAUGGUCUCUCCUGUCGAAGUUGCAAAAGAACACAUUCCUCUGCUUCUACAGGUGGUCCUGGUCCUAUGGGAUCACUAUACACCUGUUGUACAAGACCAGGCUCGCGAAAUGCUCGUGCAUUUGAUUCACGAACUUGUCAUUUCGAAGAUUGAGGACGACACACCGGGCAUUGACAAGAGGUCUAUCGAAGACUUUGUUGAAGGCAUUCGACAACGCGACAGCAAGGUUGUGUGGAGCUACGAUGAUGAGAACGGCAAAGCUGCGGUCGACUCAACCACAAAAGUACCUGAGCCAAUGGAGUACGUUUCCGGGGAGGUGAUGAGGUUCUUCUCCUUUGCCUACCCUGGGUUAAGAGAAGCAUGGGGAAGAGUAGCAUUGAACUGGGCAACUUCCUGCCCUGUUCGACACAUUGCAUGUCGAUCAUUUCAGCUUUUCCGUUGUAUUCUGAGUUCGCUCGAUCAGCAGAUGCUUUCCGACAUGCUGGCAAGACUUUCGAACACGAUAUCAGACGAGGAAAGCGACAUCCAGACCUUUUCGAUGGAAAUACUCACAACACUGAGAACCAUUAUUGAGGCACUGACACCAGAAGAUCUUAUUCAAUAUCCACAGCUCUUUUGGACGACAUGUGCCUGCUUGGACACGAUACAUGAGGGCGAGUUCAUGGAGAGCUUACUCAUGCUGGACAGGUUCCUUGACAAGCUUGAUCUAGGCAACGAGGAUGUUAUCCGGACAUUAGAACAAAGUUGCCCAGAAAAGUGGGAAGGGAAGUUUGAGGGCUUGUCCCAGCUCACGUACAAGGGUAUCCGAUCAAGUCUAUGUCUGGAUCGCUCUUUACGGAUCCUGGAGCGACUGGUAGUCUUGCCUUCCAGCCGUAUUGUGGGCGACGACAGCCGACUGAUGUACACCGUCCUCGGAAACUUGCCAAGGUUUUUACGUUCGUUUGAUUCAUCCGUACACAGCAGUAACACAAGAGCUACUGCUGAAGUGCUUGCCCAAGUCGCUGAGCAGCACUAUCAGCAUACAUUGCUUUCAGAGGCCCUGACUGCUUUUGCAAUGGGAAGGUAUCGUCAUGAAAGGGACUUUCUUGCGCAGACCAUAUUGGCAAUACGUUCAUCAUUCUUUCCUGACCAUGAGUUCGGCAGCUUGGUCUUCCUUCUUGGUUUGUUGAUGAACAAGAUUGACUGGAUGAAGAUCAACACAAUGGAGGCCCUGUGCCUCUUGCUUCCGGAAAUUGACAUGCGCAAACCGGAUAUGACAUUGAAGGGUUCUGAUCUCUUUUCACCACUCCUUCGACUCUUGCAAAGCGCAUACUGCCCCCAGGCAUUGAAGGUCCUCGACUUCGUUAUCAAUCUCAACAUGACUAGCACGCUCGCACCAUUUGACAAACAACAUAUACGUAUGAGUAUGGCAGGUUCGCAUUCGACCAGAGGGUACAAGAAACAGUUUGAAAAGACGCAAUCUCUUUAUGGUAUUCCUGAAGAGAGUGGGUGGUCGAUUCCAAUGCCUGCUCUGCAUUCACAGUUGACGAGAGCAAAUGUCCAUGCUGUUUUCUAUACUUGCGGCAACUUUGGCGAACUGCAUACGCCUCAUACGGAGACGCCCAAGGUGGAGUUCCGCCAGGAGGAAUUUCCUUUCAGCCCCUUGUCUGAUUACCACCGAACUGCGACCAUGACAUCCGAAGACACCCGUGGUGAUAGCCACAUCGGGGAGCUGGUCAUGAAACUAGACAGCCUCGACGACUUUUUCGAAGACGAUGAUGAUGCUGAGACGCUAACUGAUUUGCCCAACUUUUCAUCUUUGGGACGUUCUGCAAAUGGAUCAUACGCUCACGACAUGCGCGAAAAUCUAUACGACCAGCAGACGGCGCCCAUCCUGCACAAGUCCCUGACACGUAACGCUUCGGUAACAUCAUUCCAAUCUGGAUUCAUUUCUGACGUAAAACUCUCGCCAGCUCGGGACCCUGGCGUCAUGACACCAGGUGCUUUCAGCUCCUUUGCCGGCCCUGCCAAUUCCGCUUUUCCUCCAGCAAGCAAUCCUUCACGUCCAGGCGGUCUCCAUGCGCGUUCAGUAACUUCGCCAUCCGCACCAAACCAACCCCAGCGUAUUUCGCCCUCGCUUUCAUCCACUGCCUUGGACGAACAGAAUGAGACCUUUUCCGAUGACGAAUAUGCCACCGGCCGAUCCAACAGUACCGAUAAGGCCAAUACGUUUCAUCUUGACAAUAUGGUCAAACCCAUAGCACAGGAUGCGAGGAGCCGGUUCAGAAGCGGCAUGCGGAGACUUACUGGAGGGGGUGGUGACAACAAAGACAGCGCCAAGACGAGAGAAGCGAUCAAACUGGCCCUGCAGAAGAGCCCUCAAGUACCCAAGGUGCCUGACAUCUACCUUGUCAACCCCAAGAGUGCGGAUCUUUGA